AGUGAAUGCAAUCUGAAAAGAUUGCAUAACGAUCGGCCCCAAGACUUGGAACUCCUUUACCUAUAAAAGUGAAUACCAAGGUAGGGAGACUCACAGUGCAUAGAACGACGGUAAGAUGAGCCAGGCAAUUUUGCAAAAGGGUGACAUGUCCAGCGAUCAACAGGGAGAGCUGUUGAAGUUGGCUAAUGACCUAAUGGAAAAGGCUGGAAAUCCAGUCAAAGUUGCAUCUAACCUAAGAGAUGAAAUGAACAAGCGCUAUGGUCCAGCGUGGCAGUGUGUGGUUGGUCGGGAUUUUUCAAGCUUUAUAACUUUUGAGAAAGGCACCUUCGCUGAAUUCAUGAUCGGCGACUAUGAUUUUGUCGUUUUCAAGUGGAGCAAAAAAGAUAAGUGAUGGGCCGUUUCAUGUUCCAUCUCAUCACUGCGGAAUUGAGCAACCCUUAGUUACCUAAAUAAACUUUCAUAGAAAACAAAC